CACGCACGUCUUAAGGGAGUAAUAAGGCGAAAUCGUUCACAGAUGUACUUCGGUGAGUAAGUUCGUUCCGACGUUCUCAAUUGGUGCAAUCAAGGUACACGUCACACGCCAGCUAAGCGAGGAUAAUAGACCUAUUAAAAGGCAAAUUCAUGGAUUCACCGUUCAUCCUCUCAACAUUAUGUCCGCUCUCACGGAUGAUGAGAUCGUUUCGCUCUGUCACGAUGAAGCGACUACAGCUCUUUCAGCGUCGCAGUACUCAAACAAAGUGGUGCGCAUCACAGAGCGCCUGGCGGUGAAGUUUGGACAAUUCGUCACCGCUCAAGAAUUUAGGAACCAACAAGUCGCACAACGGCACCUCGACCCCAACAUAGUCAACGUGCCAACAGCUUACCGGUUUAUACAGAAAGAGAGGGCUGGGUAUAUUGUGAUGGACUACAUCCAUGGCGAUACGCUUGACCUAGCGAGCGCAAAGCCUAUGGCAGAGGAGCUGGGCAAGGUCUUGGGUCAUAUCCAUCAACAGAAGGCGACGAUUCCGGGACCACUUGGAGGCGGGCCAGUAUCUGGUGUACUCUGGCCUGAACAUGAAGAGGUGGAGUUUUCGAAGACUGAUGACCUCCAAUUUUGGUUCGACCGACAUUCGCCCAGCUCACGGCAGAAACUUGAUCUUCGUUACCAUCCCCUAUCUAUGUGCCAUCUAGAUUUCAACCCAAGAAACAUUAUAGUGGAUGGCAGAAAAAUCUACCUUAUCGACUGGUCCGCCGCUGGCUAUUUCCCUCGAUACUUUGAGCAUAUACUGUACCAGUUCCUCCCGCAAGACCUUAGCUUCUUCAACCUCCUAAGUCCCUUUCUCGCUCCCUUGUCUGAACAAGAAUCGGAGAGCGCAACGCUCGUGGUGGAAACUCUGCGAUACAGUCAAGUCCAUGUGUUUCCGGGGGCAAAGGUUUCCCAGAGAGCAAACAUCGGCGCGUAGGCUCAUUAUGUAGUUCACUGUUAAUGCUAGGACAUUGGGCUUCUGGGUGCCGGGCGGGGGGAGGCUUCGUUACAGAAUACUACGAGAUUGUCACAUCCUCCAUUGAGACGUGCUUGUCUUGCACCAGGUGAUUCUGCUGGGCGCAGAAGCUAGUUGGAGUUGCCGGGAGCUAUCUUUAACCCCUUUAAUUGAUACUAACCCAGCAUUUUCAGGG